AUGAAGUCGUAUCCAUGGGGUCGGACUGCAUACGAAGUUCUCAUUGACUCUAUUAAAACGUUGGCUCCAGACAGGGGGUCAUACACAUUAAGCGGCCUAAAGGAUGCGUUAUUGAUUUGGGCGUAUGAAUCCAUCGUCUGCUUUGGCGAGUGUUUUGGGAGAGUGGUGAAUAAUGAAGACGUUCCACUUUUACGAUGGGGUGGAAAGCGUACUCGUGCAAAUUUCGAAAACUUGUUGUCUGCCGAGAUAAAACAACAUAGCCUGGUGCGUGUUAGGAGAAUGGUUUCGAAGGAGUCAAUCGAAGAGUUGUUUCCUGAAUGGUCGUGUCAACCUGACGACCCACAACUCGUUAACUUGAUAACAGACAUACAUGCAGGUAGAUUUGUAAAAGGUUUUUGGGAAGUGCAUGGAAAUGCGGAGGGGAAGGAUAACGAGAAGAAGAAGAAAGCUGAGCCACCCACUAAAAAGCAGAAUAAAGUUAAGACCAAUGAGGGUAAAGCUGCUGCAACGGGAAAGGGUUCAAGCGAAGAAGAAGGUAAUAAAGAUUCGGGGAACAACGCGAGUCUGAUGGCCAUUGCGAGUACUCUGGAUAAACUUUCCAGAAAAUUUGAUCUGAUGGACGCGCGAUUUAAAAAACCAUUGGUGGACCAGAAGUCGAUAGAUGACAUGGUGAAAGUUGCAGUGGAGGAGCGUCUGAAAGUUAUGGGGAUAGGAAAAAAUCCCCAAAACAAAGAUAACCUCUCAAACGUCGCCGCCGACCAACAACCUGAACCGUUGUCAUCACCGCAGCCUAAUACCCAGCAGAAGUCUGUCUGUAGUCCACUGUUAGCUGAAACCCCUGGAAAGGAUAUGGGACCUAGAAACAAUUUGUCCAACGAGCUUGAUAAGGAGAGAGGGAUGAAAAAAACUUUGGCUAAGGAGUUUGGAACACAUGCUGAAGAUGAGGGUGCUAAUGUUCUUGAUUUCCUAUAUGUUUCUCCUGCAAAGGCAACUAAGGCUGAAGACUUACGUCGCCGCUCCACGCGCAACCGUACUAUAAAGGAUGAGGAUGCAGAAGAUAAGAAAAAAGCUGUGCAAGCAGAGGCUGUGUUGAAGAGGAAGGAGAAAGCUGCCGCUAAGAGAAAAGCGGCUGCCUCAAUGAAGCAAAAACAGGCUGAGUUAACGAAUCAAGAACAUGCUGAGUUAAUGAAUGAAGAACUGGCUGAGUUAAAGAAUCAAGAAGCCGAUAAUGAGAAGAGAAAGAAUAUAACUACACCGCGUGCCAAUGUAAAAAGAUGCAAGGUUGAAGAUUCUGUAGAGGACAGUGAAUUUGCUGUAAUGACCGACGAAGUUCUUGCGGUGGAGAAUGAAAUCUUGCCGGAGUCGCCUAUGGAGAGUCAGGAAUUGAUUAGAUCUGCUAUAGUAAAGGAAUAUCGGGAGAAAACGGUUAAAUUAUCUCCACAAGGGUUUGCAUUGUCUGAAUGUUCUUCAAGACCAGUUUUUCUGUACAUUGGAGACAAUGGAACGACAUGCAUGAGGAAUAAUGUUGAGCCUUCAUCAGUAAUAUAUGACCCUCUAGCACCUGUUGAUCCGAUUGUAUUGGAUAAACUUAUGCAACACAUCUCGAGAAUUCCACCCAAACCACCAGCACCAACAAAGAAAAGAGUUGUAAGAUCCGCCGCUCGUGAGGGUGACUUCUACAGCAUACUCAUCCUUGAAAGACCGUGGCCGCAUAGCCAAUAUGGAUGGUUGUUUGAUGAUUGGGUUGACGAUUACAAGCAGUUCAAGAUAAAACCUAAUAUGAUGAAGUUCACAGGGAAUGGUUAUGAAAAUCUUGUACACGGUAAGCUUCCCUGUAACUUUCAAACAAACUUGAAGUGGUAUGAACACGUGGAUCACUUGUACGGAUGUCUUCCAACCGGCGGAAAUCACUGGGUGGCUUUUCACGUGGAUCUGAAGAAGGAGAAGGUUGAUUGCUAUGAUUCAAUCAUUGGAGAGGAAGUUCGCAUUCAGGAGGAGGAGCAAAAGGUACACUCCACAAAACACCCAGAUUGGCGAUUGUGGGGUGUAUGCGUUGAGUUUGUGGAGUGUCUAGCGCUUGGUGUAAGUUUUGCUGGGAUAAACGAUAAAAAUAUUCAAGGUUUACGGUUGAAGAUGGCGGCAGAGAUCCUCGAUGAAGGAGGAAACAGGGCGGAGAACAAUUAG